GAAUGAAAUUUGACAGGGCAUAGCAUGCAUGUACUAUGUCCUUUUUUAUCUAAUUAUAAAAAAUGUCAUCUCAUGUUCCAGGAUUGGCACAAUUUACAAGUGUAUUAUUUUUCUAGUCCAUAAAUGUUGCCAGGAUGAUGCAAGGUUUUUAAGCUCAGAAGAAAAAAUAAACUACGGAAUGAUCCAUAAUGACUACUAGAUUACAGCCUUAAGUGUGUUUGCCUUUUUGGAAGCUUCUUUUCUGAUAAACUUUGCACAUUCCUAAUUUUUAUACUGUAAGCAUUAUUAGUUUCCAAUGCAAAUAGAGAAAAAAGUGCAUGUACACAGAAGACUUACAUGAAUGACAUUUUUAAAAACUUUGAAUCAUCAUGAAUGAAAGGUAUUCUAGGUUAUAUAGUUCAGUAAAGGAAACCAUUUCUAACCCUCAGACUUCAGAAGAAGAGAAAACUGAGACAUCAGCAAGUCAGGAGAUUGUGAAUCCUGAAACAUACGUUAAGCAUCCAUUACAAAACAGGUGGGCACUUUGGUUCUUUAAAAAUGAUAAAAGUAAAACUUGGCAAGCAAAUCUUCGUCUGAUCUCAAAGUUUGAUACUGUUGAAGAUUUUUGGGCGUUAUAUAACCAUAUUCAGCUCUCUAGUAAUUUAAUGCCUGGUUGUGAUUAUUCACUUUUUAAGGAUGGUAUUGAACCCAUGUGGGAAGAUGAGAAGAAUAAACGGGGAGGGAGAUGGCUAAUUACACUAAACAAGCAGCAGAGACGAAGUGAUCUUGAUCGCUUCUGGCUAGAGACACUGCUGUGCCUUAUUGGAGAAUCCUUUGAUGACUAUAGUGAUGAUGUAUGUGGAGCUGUUGUUAAUGUUAGAACCAAGGGGGAUAAAAUAGCAAUAUGGACUACUGAAUGUGAAAACAGAGAUGCUGUUACACAUAUAGGGAGAGUAUACAAGGAAAGGUUAGGACUUCCUCAAAAGAUAGUGAUUGGUUACCAGUCCCAUGCUGACACAGCUACUAAAAGUGGUUCCACCACUAAAAAUAGGUUUGUUGUUUAAGAAGACACCUUCAGAGUAUUUCAUAGGAGACUGCGUCAAGCAAUCGAGAUUUGGGAGCUGAACCAAAGCCUCUAUAAAAGCAGAGUGGACUGCAUUUAAAUCUGAUUUCCAUCUAAAUGUUGCUAAAUUUGUGAAACUUUCAUUUGCUUUGUCUUGUACUUCUGUUUUCUUCCUCACCCCCACCCCACCUCACCCCAUUUUUUGGCUGAAGGUAACCUUUUCCAAUCAAAGAAUUUCAGUGCAACAUUUUGUUUCUCAAAUCCAUACAUGUCUCCCUAACCCAUUCUCUGAUGCUUCUUAAGAAAAUAACUAUUAUAUUAAAAAUGUCCUGAAAACAGUGCCAUUUUUACAGGGGAAUAAACUACUACUUUUUCAUCUUUUCACUGUAUGCAGUAACAUGUUUUGCUGGUUUGAAAGAAAAGUAUGAUGCAUACAUUUUUCUAGCAAAUCUUUAUACAGCAUGAUCAUUGCUGUAAUUGAUGCUGAUGGCUGCUAGAUUUAAUUUAUUUGUUUCCCUUUUCUGAUAACAUUAGUGAUAUUCUGAUUUCGGUUCUUGCUCAUGUAACAUUGGUGAAGGAUCUGGGAAUAUGACAAAAGGUUUAAUAAACAUAAUUUUGUGCAUUCUAUGGUAAUUAUUUUGUAAUAUUAAAGCUUUGCUACAAAUUUCAUGCAUUUCAAGCCAAAUCAGUGAUAUGUUUGUGUGAUUUCCUGAACAUAAUUGUGGAUUUUAAAAAAUGUUAACACCAGAAUUACAUUCCUUACUAGAAAUAGUAUUCCUCUUUUUUGUAUCUUAUGCUGUAUUUUAACACUUUGUAUUCCUUAGGUUAAAUUUUGCUUUGGUUUAAGUACAACUCAAAUAGAAAAGCAGUCCCAUUCAUAUUAAGACAGUGUACAAACCUGUAAAUAAAAUGUGUACAGUGAAUUGUCUUUUAGACAA